AGGGCUAAGGGGACGCCGGUUAACGCCAUUUUCACGGUCCGAGUAGUCUCUCAUCGUCUCGCGGAGCUGUCAUCUGCAGCACCGAUUCAUUUGUUCAGUCCGUCACGUGACGCCUCGGUCUGGGCAGUGACGCGGAGCUGCUGUUGGUAUGGAACAGGACGGGACACCUGAGCCGCUCCGGUUGGACUCAAUGUUUUGACGCAAGGCUGCUAAGUGCUAGCAUGUAGCUAACCGGACUGUAGCAUUUGAUGCAGUAAGGUCCAGCUAACCAAAACAUACCCAACCUCUGGACGAGCCACUAGUUGGAAUUUUUGUUUCUUCCUACUACAUAUUCUCCACAACCAUACGCUGUUGGUGACAGAAAAAGGGGACAGCUCGGGGGAAACGAGAAGGGUAAAUUGGAACAACUCAGUGGAGCUCCACUGGCAACGAAUGUCCCACAGAACGGAUGCGUGAGGACAUGUCCACCAUGGUGUGCGUGAAAGAGGAGGAGGACCCGGGGGAGAAACUGUCUCAGGAUGAGAUCAUCUCCCGGACCAAGCAGGUGAUGCAGGGCCUGGAAGCCCUGAAGCAGGAGCACCAUUCCAUCCUGGAGGGCCUGCUGGGCACGCUGCGCUGCCUGAAGCAGGACGAGGAGGGAGUCCUGGUGGAGGAGAAGUCGCACAUGAUCCGGAAGUCCCUGGAAAUGCUGGAGCUCGGUCUGAGCGAAGCUCAGGUGAUGAUGGCGCUGUCCAGCCACCUGAGCUCCGUGGAGUCAGAGAAGCAAAAGCUGCGGGCGCAGGUCCGCAGGCUGUGCCAGGAGAACCAGUGGCUGCGGGACGAGCUGGCGGGAACGCAGCAGAAACUGCAGAAGAGCGAGCAGAGCGUAGCGCAGCUGGAGGAGGAGAAGAAGCACUUGGAGUUCAUGAACCAGCUGAAAAAGUAUGACGAGGAUCUGUCCCCCUCGGAAGAGAAGGAGUGUGACUCCAGUAAAGAGACCUUGGAUGACCUCUUCCCAGAUGACCAGGAUGACCAAGCCCCAGGCAUGCAGCCAGCUCACGGUAGCGCAGCGGCUGCAGCUGCCCAGCAGGGCGGCUAUGAGAUCCCAGCCCGCCUCAGGACCCUCCACAACCUGGUGAUCCAGUACGCGUCCCAGGGCAGGUACGAGGUGGCCGUGCCGCUCUGCAAGCAGGCGCUGGAAGACCUGGAGAAGACUUCUGGACACGACCACCCAGACGUAGCCACCAUGCUUAACAUCCUGGCGCUUGUUUAUAGGGAUCAAAACAAAUACAAGGAAGCAGCCAACCUGCUAAACGAUGCUCUGGCCAUCAGAGAGAAGACGCUUGGCAGAGACCAUCCAGCUGUGGCGGCUACGCUCAAUAACCUGGCUGUCUUAUAUGGGAAGAGAGGGAAGUACAAGGAGGCAGAACCUCUCUGCAAAAGGGCGCUGGAGAUCAGAGAAAAGGUGUUGGGCAAGGACCACCCAGACGUUGCCAAGCAGCUGAACAACCUCGCCCUGCUGUGCCAGAACCAGGGCAAGUAUGAGGAGGUGGAGUAUUACUACAUGAGAGCUCUGGAGAUCUACCAGACCAAACUGGGACCAGACGACCCCAACGUGGCCAAAACCAAGAACAACCUGGCUUCCUGUUACCUAAAACAGGGCAAAUUCAAGCAGGCUGAGACUCUGUACAAAGAAAUCCUCACCCGCGCGCAUGAGAGGGAGUUUGGCUCUGUUGAUGAUGAGAACAAACCAAUCUGGAUGCAUGCUGAAGAGAGAGAGGAACAAAGCAAGGGGAAACUGAAGGACAGUUCACAGUUUGGAGAAUAUGGAGGCUGGUACAAAGCAUGUAAAGUUGACAGCCCCACGGUGACCACAACCCUGAAGAACCUGGGAGCUCUUUACAGGCGGCAGGGCAAGUUUGAGGCAGCUGAGACUCUGGAGGAGGCAGCCAUGCGCUCCAGAAAGCAGGGUCUGGACAACGUGCACAAGCAACGUGUCGCCGAGGUUCUCAGUGAACCAGAGGCUGGCGACAAGCAUCGCAGCCGAGAGAGUCUGACUUCAGACACGGUGAAGUACGAGAGCGGGCCGGACGGUGGCGAGGAAGCUUAACUCCAGAUGCCUUGUAAUGGUUCUAAAAACUUGUCUUCUGCAUGACGGAUGCCUGGGCUCACCUCGCCUCCACCCCUCCAGCUUUGCGGUUUUCUUCAAUUUCCGGCUCCAACCCCUCACUCUUUUUUUUUUUUUUAUUUCCUGGAGGGAUUCUUCGCACCACACUGAACCACACUGAUACCACUCUGACGCCCCUCUAACCCCACUGAACCGUUCAUCAGCUGUGGGUGGUGGGCGACCGCUGUGACAGUAUGUCUAUAAACAUAGCUGUUCUGCCCAGGGAUUCCCUUCAUUUUGGCCUGAACUCCAAAACAAUCAGCUUAUUGCUCACUUACUGUUCCUCGCAAAAGUUUUCAUAUUUCUGAAACCUUUUCCUCCUUUUGUCAGGAUACGAUCAUAAAAUUCAGUGUUGUGAUUUUUGGAGGAUUUUAUGAGAGAGACUAACACAAAGUAGUGCAUAAUUGUGAAAUAGAAUGAAAAGAAACAGUUUUCAAAACCUUUUACAAAUUAAAAUCUGAAAAGUGCAGCAGUUUUUUUUUUUUUUUUGCUUCAGCACCUUUUACUUUGAUAUAGUCUAAAAAAUAUGUAUCAUAGCAACCAGCUGCCUUCAGAAGUCACCUAAUUAGUCUGUACAUCUGCUGCACAACAUCAACAGUGAAUCAUGGUGGUGGCAGCAUUAUUCUGGGUAGCUGGACAGAGUAAAUGGACAAUGACUUGUAAACGUGUGAUCAAAGAUCUACAUUCAUAUGUAGGACUGCAGCUAACAGUUAUUUUAGUAAGUGAGUAUUUUGUCAAGUAUUCUGACAAUUAUUCGGAUAAAGAAAUGAUCACAUUAUGCAGAUUUUUCAUUUAACCUUUUAGGCCAAUUUAAUACUGGAAAUCUGUAUAAAAAAAAAUAAUAAUAAUAAUAAUAAAAUAAAAGGGACAUAAACAAUUCAAGUCUCUUCUCAAAAUAACAAAAUUUAAAUUUAAUUGCCUAAAAUUUAAUAACACCAUUCCUUUAGUGAACACUUGAUCAUAUUUAGCAAAUUUAGUGUUUAUUUGACUUAUUAUACUAAUUGACUAUUUUGCAGAGUUGGUAAGAAAAGCUGUUUUGAUAAUGACUGAAGAGUGGGGUACAAAAAAUACAUGGAAGUUCAGUUAUGUGCUGCUACUCUGUUGGUUUUUUUGCCUAAAAGCUCUAAAAAAAAAAAGAAAAAAGAAAAAGGUUUGUGAUUGUAACUUGAACAAGUUAUAAGGGGGAAUGAAUUCUUUUGCAUCACAUUUAAACACGAAUUGCCAACGUAGUCAGCUGUUUAGAGCUCCACAGAGCUGUCAGAUGGUUGUUCUAAUUCUUACACACCUUGUUUCUUACUACGCCUGUGUAUGUAUAUGCAGUUUUAUGGAAAUGUGGAUCUCAUUUCUCAGAAAUUAGUACGGGCAAAAACCUUAAAAGAAAUGUUGGUUUGUGUUCAAAAAGCGGGUUAGAAAUAAUCAGGAUCAAGCAUUGGAUCUGCUCCUCUGUCGUUAGUUGUGUUUGUGAAAACGGAGCCGACCUGAAGGCGACACGUCCUAAUGAAACAAAUCUGUACCAAAGUAGGAAGGACGAAGAGAAAUAACACGGAUGAGAAAAGAGACAUUUUGGCUGAUGUUGAUGUUUGGGUGUUCAAACAUAUCAGCUCCUAUUAAAAUCCUCUACAAUAAUCCUCAUGUCUUAUAGAAACACAGCCUGUAGAUGGCAUUAUGACAUGACCAGAUAUUCCAGUCAGAGAACACACAGUAGAUGUUAUAAAGCAUGUCACCAGGUUCUGAUAUCCUGCAGUUCUAAUGAACUGUAUUAUCCAUUUUCUGUUGACAGAAAGAAUCCCCACUAGUGACUAAACACAUUGUAAAUAACAGCAUCAGCAUGAUCAGGAGCAGCGUAGCUUGUAGUUCUGCACAUCUAGAUCUCACUUCCUGCCACAGCAGCCAAUAGUUUGUCACUUUGUGCUCAUCUGUUUACUGGGAGGUCAGGGGUCAAUAGAGCAUCUGAAUGGCAGCUGGUUUUCAUGCAGCAGGAAUUAAAAUGUGGAUUUAAGAAAAGUUGCAAGUUUUUUAUUAUUGUUAUUUAUUUAAUUUAAAACUGUAUUCAGAUAAAUUCAGCUGAAAAAAAGAGUUUCAUCUCUACCGUCUGUGUAUCUAUCUUAGGGUUGGUAGUGAGAAAGUGGCGGCAUUUGGUGUAAACAAGCAUUUAUUGUUGCAUUUCCUGAAACUUUGGGGUUUAAGUAGGCUUCUCCUCAGCCUGUCCUCGACUUCUGCUACUAAUAUUCUGUGUCUUCUGUCUUGUUUGUGCAUCUCCCAGUUUCUUUAACUUCUAAUAAAACCUAAUCUCUCUGCUUUACCUGAACCUGUGCCUCUUGCCUCUUUGUGCGUUCCUUCUCUGCUUCUGUGUGCCUUCGUGAUCGAAUGAGAGUGAAGUUUCUUGCACCACACAGCAGCAAAACACUUUCAUAUCUCACUUACGCAUGUCCUUUUUUUUAUUCCACGUUUUUAUAAAUUAUCUUUCAAAUUGUCAAUCUCCAUGUUCCAGAGGUUUACUGGGCAGCUUGGUGUCCAGGAGUUCACUCACCUCAGUUGACUUCUUGGAGACGUUGGGUUUGUCAAAGCUACAGUCCAGAUAGCCUGAGGUCAAAGUUAGCUGGACUUUACAACAAGAUCAAUCUGUUUUAGGUUAAAGCAGAAAAGCCUUUAUGCUUCAGAAAUAAUGUAGCAUAAUUAUCACAAUAUAACUAGUCAUUCUUUUACAAUAUUGACAGAUAGACUCAAGGAGUUACCAAGGUAACCACUAAAUUUAGUGCUAGAUUUCAACUGCUUGGAGCACAGAACAAUAUGCAGUCCAGAGAACAAGAUGUAACACCCUACAGUAACAUAUGUGUAUUACAAUAACAGAACCUAGAAACUGAUCACCCAACGAUGGUUUAUUGGUAAGGGUGAACCGACAAAUUGACCGAUUGAAAAAUUGGCCUCGAUUUCCUUAACUUUGGGCGACCGACUAUCGGCUGAUCUUAAAGACGGGGAAUCGAACCCAGGACAGUAAUCUCCGCCACCCAGCGCUCCCCGUCUCCGUUAGACACUAUUAGACGGAUAAAUGGAUAGAAGGAUAUUGUUUUUUAGCCCUUUUUUUAGAUUUACUUAAAUCUAGUGCAUGAACAAUUUGCACUGCCAAUUUAUUUGUGGGUAAGGGCAACAUGCUUUGUGAGCACUUUUUGCUUUAUGAGUGAAAAAUAACUGUGUGUGAUAUUUUAGAGACCUCUACUCCUAUAGCAGAUUUUCCGAGUCAAAAUUAAACCCAAACAUUAAAGUUCCAGCUCUGCCUUGUCAAUGAGUGUGCAAAUAUGUCCAUCAACAUCAGUUUGUGCUUGUUUUGAUGUCUUUUUUUUAUCUCACUGCAACACUUGUUUGUCUGCUAUGAAAUAUUGUAAAACUGUUUUGCAAAAAGUUGUAAAUAUCGCCUAGUUAAAAGUGUAAAAGUUGAUAAAAAUCUUGACCAGGAGUCUCCAACUCCAGACCUCAUGAGCCAUUUUCUCCAACACACCUGAAUCAACUGACACAAUUAUCUCCCCAGCAUCUUCUUGUGUGAUGCAGAAGUCUGGUUAUAAGCCUUUCAUUUUAUUCAGUUGGAAAUUGAAUUCAUGUGAAGGUUUCUGGGCAGUCACUUACCAUCUGGCAUUGGAGACCGCUGAUGUAGGCCCUGGGAAUGUGUAAUUAAUUAUCUUGAUGUUUUACCACUUCAUCACAUUAGUGCACCAACCUUUGAUGGUUCUUUUCUUGGACAUGAGAGAUGCGCAAAGCAGAAAUCUGUGACCCAUAUAAGAUCACCACGUUUGACCUCUAAGUAUUGAUUCUAGCCAGUUUUGAUUUCAUUUUAGUACAUAAAAAUACAAAUAAUAGAGUUUAAAGUACAUUUAAAUGAUGGUUAUUCAUGUUGGGAUCUGUGGUGAUGUCAGUAAUUGUAUUACUACUUCCUGGUAUAGGAAGUAGUAGUUUUUGCCACUAGUAACAUCAGGCUGUUGAUCACAUCACUGGUGGUAUAUGAUCAAAGCUUUCCCACAUCAGAAACAUACAUUUCAGUACAGCUGAAAAACCAUCCGAUCCUAGCACAAAAAACUUUUUAUUCAUAAACGUGAGUUUUUCAAAAUUGUCCUGUUUCCAUAGAGCUGAUUUAUUUUCAUAGUUUCAAUGUGCAUAAAUUUAUGGUCAAUGGAAACACUACCAGAGCGACCUGGAAGGCCUUAGUCACCGAGCAUCAUCUGAUUCCAGUCACAAGCCACUUUUUCUUGGUGCAUCUCAAUUCCAAACUUACUGCUGGUCAAAUAUGAACGUCCUUAACAUCUGUGCAUAUCUUAGAAAAGCGGCGUGAGUAAAGGUAAGCCUGUGAUGUGUCCCACCAGGACGGAUCGGGGUCCCUGAAGAGAAGCGGCUCCUUCAGUAAACUACGGGCGUCGCUCCGUCGAAGCAGCGAGAAACUGGUCCGCAAGCUAAAAGGCGGCGGUUCGUCACGAGACGGCGAACACAAAACCCCCGGGUAACUAUCAGCAGCUCUAGAGUCCUGCAUUAACCGCUACAGGUGGCUCCUGUCGCACACUGGAAGCCUGGAGGAGCCAGCUGACUGGUGCGCUAACCAGAACCAAAACAAGCAAACUCUUCUACUUCACUGGUGGUGAAGUGGUGUAACUCUGAAGCUGCGUUUGCACACAAGUGUUUUUAGGGACUCUUGUCCCAUAUGCAAUUAUUACUUUUCCCCCUACAUUUCUUUAUAGGUGUCUUUAUCUAUAGGUGAAUCAAAACAUGAAACAGAAACAAACCCUGACUUCUGCAAAGUGCCUUGGUUUUUGGUAAAAACGGUUAUUUUUUUUUAGGUGAAAGUGGGGUGAACAAAGUACUUUUAGAAGUAUUGUAAACAAGUAUAUGAUAUCUUUUAUAGAAACGUGCAGUAUUGUAAAAAGAAAAAAUGUAAACACAUUAGUGGUAUUUACAUCUGGGGUCAUUUUGUAUCAUUAAAGAAAAACUUUAAAACGGUUAAUCCUCCAGAUAGGAAAUAUCAUUUUAGAGAAAAGCAUAAUCCAAAAAGGGUGCUGCCCUAAUGGAAAAACACGUCUCGAGGAAUUUAACACAUUUCCAAAAGAUUAUGUUUUAAAAAAAUAUCCAUCAAAUCCUUAUAUUUUAUUUAAGGAACAUUUGCUAUUCUCUUUUUUUCAUGCUUGAGUUCUUGCAUUUUUUGAGCACUUGCACUGACUGACACACAGCCCUUAAAGUGCCGAUGGAAAGAAAUCUUUAACCUCCGUGUGUAAGAUAAUGUUUUUGAUUGACUUGAACGAUGGAGAUUUGAAAGCCUGAGAGUCGGACUUUAAUGGCUCCGUAAACCAAACCUGAACAUCUUCACGGUGAAAAACCAAAGACUAACAGAGAAAUGGAGGGAAGGUUUUUCUACUCGAGGCGUAGUGGGCCGUGUUUAACUACUAAUGUCUCCCAGUGAUUUUUCCAUCGCACUUGUUGUGUCCAUGGAAAUAAUUUCCAACUAAUCGUUCCAUCUAUUCACUGUAUUUUGUGGCUGAACUGUAACUGUUCUGGACUUUUAUAAGUCCAUCUUUUUGGUAUUAAAUGUCUGCAUGGCUGUCCUGUGUAGAAUAAAAAUGUAUUUUUUUUUU